AGUCUCUCUAUGCGGCGCAGAAGUCCAGAGCACUGGAGAAAAACAGAAUACAGAGAUUCACCGUUUCAAUAUGGACGCUUCGAUCAUGAAACUCCUCGAGGAAGACGAGGACGAAACACUGCAUUCAAUGGCGGACUUGGAGGCGUUUACAGCCGCCCUCGAUAGAGAUAUCGGAUCUUCGUCGCCUCUGCCUUCAGCUUCCGAUGCCGGAAAUGCUUGCACCUCAAGUCAGUUUAUGCAGUGGCAAACUACGACCAGUCUUGGCCAAAAUACCAUGUCUCAGAGUCUUCAAGAUUCCAGGGACAUGCUACAAAGAGAGCAGAAUUCAUCUGAACUGAUGCUAAAGCAGCAUUGCCUAGAUGCUGGAAAUCAAUAUCAAAAGGAUUCCUGCCUGGAUGCAAAUCAACCGCCAUGGGCUGAAGAAACAUUUCGAGCAAUGGAGGUGCAGAAUUCUGGAAAUGAUCCUGUUCCUAUCCAGGAGCAAAAUGGUACUCAAAAUCCAGAAUCUCAGCAUCUGAACAUACAGAGUUUCAGUACCCAACAGUCCAUCUCCAUUGCGACGAGUGGUCAAUUGACAAAAUUGAAUGGGACGAGUGGUCAGCAGAUCACGACAACAGGUGUAACUAGCCAAAAAGAGGUGUUACAAUCUAAAAGUAGUCAACCUAUGGUCAAUGUACCAAAAAAAGGAAUGCAAUUGCCAUUUGCCCUUUUGGUCCCACACUUACAAACCCAAGUUGAUAAGGACAGAGGAAUGCAGCUUGAGACCUUGUACCUUAAGCUUAAGAAAAAUGAAAUUUCUAAGGAUGUUUUCGUUAGGCAUAUGAGAAGUAUUAUAGGUGACCAUAUGCUCAAGAUGGCCAUAUUAAAGUUUCAAUAUCAGACUGCUAGGAACACAGAGAAGCAGGCUUCAGCACAACAACAACAGCAAACACUAUCAAAUGUGCAAAUACCAACAGAUGUGAACAACUUGAAAAUGGAAAGCAGGGAAUGCCAGGCAGAUUUGCAACGGACCCCAGAAAACCAAGUGUCUUCUUCUGGGUUGAGUGCAAUAAAACAAGAGGAGCAUCUACCAUUUCCAAUUCAGGGACUUAGUAAGCAACAGCAACAGCAUUUGCAUUUCCCCCGAGCAUCUUUUUCCACAUAUGUAAAUAAGGGGAACAAUAAUAAUACAUGCUCUGCGACAAACAGUUCAUCUACACCGGCAUAUGCCAAACCUCAACAUCAGGAUCUUCAUAUUAGGCCAAUUUGUGCUCAACAGAGUAUAGGUGCUACUCAGUUAAGACCUGGAACUUAUUCGAUGAAUAUGAUAAAUUCACCUAACACAGAAAGGAAGGGUUCUCUGGGUGAACCAAGGAGAGCAGUUACUCACACGCCAAGUAACUCAAUGGCACAACAGAAUUCAGUUCAGUGGCAAUCAUCAACCAACAAAGAACAGAGAAAUAUUCCCGUGGAUCAUUUUCCUGAGCUGCAGCAUAAGUCUCAGAUAUCUUCCCCCUCUAUCUCUGUGCAAGGAGGUUCUACUGUGGGAACUUCAAAGGAUUUGCAAUCCUCUAGAAUGGGUUUCUCUACAAGUGCAAGUGAUGGACCUUCAAAUUUUCGUUCAACUCCUAUGUCAGCUCAAGUAGACACUAGUAGCUUGUUAAAUUCCUGUAAACCUCCUGUCACCUCUCCCAAUGAACCUGGAAAUAAUGGGAAGACUCCACUGAAAAAUCCAUCAAUUGGCCAGAAGAAGCCACUGGAAACACUCGGUUCUAUGCCUCCUCCUCCAAGCAAGAAGCAAAAGGUAUCUGGGGACCUUUUAGGUCAAAGCAUUGAACAACUGAAUGACGUUGCAGCUGUGAGUGGAGUUAAUCUCAGGGAAGAAGAGGAACAGCUAUUUUCUGGAGCCAAUGAAGAUGGUCGAGUUUCUGAAGCGUCUAAACGAGUUGUGCAAGAAGAAGAGGAAAGGCUGAUUUUACAGAAAUUUCCACUGCAGAAGAAAUUGACUGAAAUAAUGAGAAAAUGUGGUAUUAAGAAUAGAAGCAGUGAUGUGGAGCGAUGCUUAUCAUUGUGUGUUGAGGAAAGGAUGCGUGCACUCAUGACUACUCUCAUUAGAUUCUCAAAACAGCGAGUUGACAUUGAGAAGUUGAGACACAGAACAAUUCCGACCUCAGAUGUUAGGAAACAAAUCAUGGUAAUAAAUGAAAGAGCUAAGGUAGAAUGGGAGAAGAAGCAAGCUGAAAUAGCAAAAUUCCAGAAGACCAAUGAAUCAGAGGAUGAUACUGCAGCGGAUGGUGACAAGGAGAAGGAUGAAGGUCAUGUGAAAUCAGGGAAGGUAAACAAGGGAGAGGAUGAGAAGACACGAGCAACGGCUGCAAAUGUUGCUGCUCGAGCUGCCAUUGGAGGAGAUGACAUGUUGUCAAAGUGGCAACUGAUGGCCCAACAGGCCAGGCAGAAACGCGAUGGCAGUGGACUUGAGGGAGCAUCUGAUUCACAGUCCAGAAAAGAUGUUGCAUGGAGGCCUGUGUCAAUCUUGAAUAGAAACACAAGUGACCCUCAAGAAUCUGAAAAAGGUGCUACUUCACCAACUGGCACUAUGAGAAAAUUUGGAAAAAACAAGGCUGUCAUGUCCCAAAUUGCUAGAACCAUCACCAUCAAAGAUGUAAUUGCUGCCCUCGAAAUGGAGCCACAGAUGUCCAGAUCUACAUUAGUAUAUCGUUUGUAUGAGAGAAUUCGAUUUGAUGCUUCCACUGAGUAGUUUUGGUACCCUCAGAGUUUGUAGAGGUUAAGGUAACAACACAAACGUUUAUGCAUCUUUCCCAUUGUUAAUAAUAUAUGGAAUCAAAUGAUUUUCAUUCCCUAAA